GAUGUUACCAAGGGUCCGUGGACACCAGAGGAAGAUACCAUCCUGCGCCAGCUGGUUAUGUCCCAAGGCCCCAGGAACUGGACGUCUAUUGCAGCAUGCAUUCCGGGGCGCUCCGGCAAAAGUUGCAGGUUGCGAUGGCUUAACCAGCUGAGCCCAUCAGUCAAAAGUGGCCCCUUCUCCGCCGAGGAGGAUGCCGUAAUCCUAUGGGCCCACAUGCAGUACGGAAAUAAAUGGGCAUCCAUCGCCAAGCAUCUUCCAGGCCGCACCGACAACCAUAUCAAGAACCGCUGGAACUGCACCCUCAAGAAGAAG